CCUGAAAGGCUGGCAUUUAAACACCAGCUGUUUCGCAAGGGGGAUGCUGCUGUGAUUCAGCUGCCUUCCCCUGCGGCUGAGAAUUUAUGCUUUAGGCGCGGUUAGCUCAUCGGUCCUCGCCCUUUGGUUUAGAAAACCGGAGCCAAGCUUAGCAUCUAACUGAUUUCUGGAAGCAAAGCCUUUUUAAUUGUCAUACAUUUUAAUCCAAAUUGGAGGUUUUCUUCUCAUAAAGCUGCACGCUGCCGCUAUUUUUGCAAAAGCUACUUCUCAGCAGCCACUGUCAAGAAAACGUGGAGGAAGACGUUGCUGUGCAGUCGCUCGGGACGGUUCCGCCCCUGUGCCCUGACACGUUUUCGUGCUUGCGUUGUAUUCCGGGCUAGCGAGCUAAAAAGUUCUAUAUUAUCUUUGGAGUAGAGAAGAAGAAUAUAACCGAUAAAUUUAGUGCCGCUGCGGUCUAGAAGUCUCCACGGGACAGCUCGCCAGCUCAAGCGUAAAACCUUUUUCAUUCAUUGGUGACCUGACACUACCAAAGAAAAGGAGCGGUUCCCCGACUGCAAAAUGUUCAGCUGGCUGGGUAGUGAUGACAGACGAAGGAAAGACCCCGAAGUAUUUCAGACUGUGAGUGAGGGUCUUAAAAAACUCUACAAAACCAAGCUGCUCCCUCUGGAAGACUACUACAAGUUCCAUGAAUUUCACUCACCUGCCCUGGAAGAUGCUGAUUUUGACAACAAGCCUAUGGUCCUACUUGUAGGACAGUAUUCCACUGGGAAGACCACCUUCAUAAGGUACCUGCUUGAACAAGACUUCCCUGGGAUGAGGAUUGGGCCAGAGCCGACAACAGAUUCCUUCAUUGCAGUGAUGCAGGGAGAUGUGGAGGGCAUCAUUCCUGGAAAUGCAUUGGUAGUGGAUCCCAAAAAGCCUUUCAGGAAACUCAAUGCCUUUGGCAACGCCUUCUUGAACAGAUUUGUAUGUGCUCAGCUGCCAAAUGCGGUACUAGAGAGCAUCAGCAUUAUCGAUACUCCAGGGAUCCUUUCCGGGGAGAAGCAAAGAAUUAGCAGAGGCUAUGACUUUGCUGCUGUCCUAGAGUGGUUUGCAGAGCGGGUGGACCGCAUCAUUCUUCUUUUUGAUGCCCAUAAACUGGACAUCUCAGAUGAAUUCUCAGAGGUCAUCAAAGCACUGAAAAACCAUGAGGAUAAGAUGAGGGUUGUGCUCAACAAAGCGGACCAGAUCGAGACUCAGCAGCUUAUGAGGGUUUAUGGUGCCCUCAUGUGGUCUCUGGGGAAGAUUGUCAACACACCUGAGGUGGUCAGGGUAUACAUUGGUUCCUUCUGGUCCCACCAGUUGCUCAUUCCAGAUAACCGCAAGCUCUUUGAGGCAGAAGAACAGGACCUCUUCAAGGAUAUCCAAAGCCUACCCCGCAAUGCAGCCCUUCGAAAACUGAAUGAUCUCAUUAAACGGGCACGGCUAGCCAAGGUUCAUGCUUAUAUCAUUAGCUCACUGAAGAAGGAAAUGCCAUCUGUAUUUGGCAAAGACAAUAAGAAGAAAGAGCUCGUGAACAACUUGGGGGAAAUCUAUGGACGGAUCGAGCGGGAGCAUCAGAUUUCACCAGGAGACUUUCCUAAUCUGAAAAAGAUGCAGGAGCAGCUGCAGGGUCAAGAUUUCAGCAAGUUCCAGCCUCUCAAGAUCAGGUUGCUAGAUGCUGUGGAGGAUAUGUUGGCCAAUGACAUUGCACAGCUCAUGGUGCUGGUACGCCAAGAAGAAUCCCAGAGGCCUGUCCAGAUGGUGAAAGGAGGAGCCUUCGAAGGCACCCUACAUGGCCCAUUUGGACACGGCUAUGGUGAAGGAGCAGGAGAAGGAAUUGAUGAUGCCGAGUGGGUGGUGGCCAGGGACAAACCCAUGUACGAUGAGAUCUUCUACACAUUGUCACCUGUUGAUGGGAAAAUAACUGGGGCUAAUGCCAAGAAGGAGAUGGUGAGGUCCAAGCUGCCGAACACGGUGCUGGGCAAGAUAUGGAAACUGUCUGAUAUCGAUAAGGAUGGGAUGCUUGAUGAUGAUGAAUUUGCUUUGGCUAAUCAUCUCAUAAAGGUCAAGUUGGAAGGCCAUGAGCUUCCCAAUGAGCUUCCUUUCCAUCUCAUCCCUCCAUCUAAAAGGAAACUAGUAGACUGAGAGGAAAACAGGGGGAGGCGGGGAGGGAAGAAAAGGGAAUAAAGCUAAGUUUUACCUUCUUGAGAUGUGAAGUCACUUUUCAGGUUACAACAAUUUUCAGAUUUGAAGAGGAACCUGAUGCAAAAUUAAGUCCAGUGCUUUGUCAUGAUAUGCAAUUAACAUUUCCCUUGUAAUGUUCUUGCUUUCUGUUGUGUUUAUGUAAGAGGAAAGUGAUUAUGGAAAUGGAGGGAGUGAAUGAAGCUGUUUUCUACAGAUUGGUGUGAUGAUACUGUCUGUCAUUCUGUCAAGUUUGAAAUUCCUGUUGCAUUUAUCCCCACUGCUUUACAUGCACAUUGUAAUAGUAGAUGGUCCCCAAGCCAAAACCUGAUAUGAAAAAUACCUCUGGAUAAGAGUGGUGCUUAAAUAUUGCACUUGGAUCUUAAGCAUUUUACACGGUGAAAAUAAUCUUGUGGAGCAGUUUCAAAUACCUAUUCCGUCUUCCUCCCUGUCUUUUUUUUUUUAAUUGACUCCUUAUGGUACAAAUCUGUAUGCAAGAUUACUUUGUGGAGGGCCAAGGGAGGACCUGUUAGCAAUAUGAAAUAUUAUCCCUUGCCUUCUGCAUUUAACCUCUCAUUGGGGCAUAAAGGAGGCCUCUACUUAAAGCACCAUUUUGGAACCCCCUUCCAAUGCUUUGAAAGUCUUGGAUUCAGAUUUAGUGCCUCAAAUCCUCUUCUAGCUAACAGUGUACCAGAUUGCAAGUGCAGCUGAGAUUUUGUGACCUUGAAGUCCUUUGAGAUAGGUAGGAUUUUGUAGGAGUUGCGAAUACUGGAGCCCAAAGAAAGGGAGACAGGUUGUUAGAUCAAGUGAAUCCCUUGAUGGAAAUGAUGGCAAGAUCAAGGUGACAAGCAUUUAGAUGGGAGCAAGCUGCUCUUGGCACUGCUUCUUGGCACUGCUUGCCUUUAAAACUGGACAGUGCUUUUCAUAUCUCUUUGAAUGCUGGCUCCACCAUGGCUGGACUUACAUUACUAUUCUCUGCAUACUUUUUCAUCACUGAUACAGUACAUGUACAAAUCUCUAGGUUACCAUCUCAUUAUUGGAAACGGGGGACACAAUGUGUAACUGUCAGUUACUGCUUCUGACCCUCUGAGCAUUCAUCCGUACGCUGGCCACAGCCUUCACUCACCUCCGAUUACAGUAGUAUAAUUAUUCUCAACCUUAUCCAGACUGAAGAGCCUGAGCCAAGCUAUUUCCUGUUGCUGUUCCUCUCCCUCAUUUCAAAUUAUGCCUUUUCUCCACCCCAUUAUUUUCUUGGUGUCUGGGGGCGAGAUUAGUCCUUCUUGCUUUGUAUAUGCUGAACUCCUACUGUGAUGGGGGGAUAGGAGACAGAACCAGGACAGUUAUAACUUAUUUUAUAUCUGUGUUAAUAAUAUUAUAUAGAGAAAAUAUAUAUUCUGUGUGUGUAAAACAUCCCUAUUGCAGUGCAUUUAUCACGUCUUAAAAAAUCAAUGCAUUAACCUUUUUUUGUAUCCUGGUCCUAAAGCAUUAUUAAAAAAAAAAAAUGAAGGCCA